AAAAAGAAAAAGAAAAUGUAUAUAAAUAAUAUAAAAACUAUAUAUACACACAAAAACGUAUCUGCGCAGCAAAUAUGAACACCAUAUUUACCCAUUCUUGGAUGUGAAAAUCAAUCCCCACGGGCCACACUGCCUAUCUAUAUUCUCUUUCACAUAAACACAUACUAUAAAUACUUCAUCUUUACCAUUUUUAUUUAUUUUAUUUAUUAUAAAUAAACAAUUAACAAGAACAAAAGAGCAGCAAUUACAAGCAAAAGAGGAAGAAGAGAAGAGGGCCCUUCAGCCCUCUGCUUCUCUAUCCAUGCCUUCCUCUCAGAUCUUCAAUUGAAUCCAUUUUCUUUUUUCUGGGCUGUUGAAUUUUUCGAUCCGUUGAAGAUCGGAUUAUCCCUUGCUGAACAAGAUUUCCGCCAUUUUUUAUUGUGAUAUUUUUUUUUUUACUUUGAGAUAAAAAAAGGAGGAAAUGGAAGCUGGGAAGUUGUUUGUCGGUGGGAUUUCUUGGGAAACGAGCGAAGAGCGUUUGAGAGAGUAUUUCGAAGCAUUUGGUCAAGUAGUUGAAGCUGUGAUAAUGAAGGAUCGAACCACUGGUCGUGCGCGUGGCUUCGGUUUUGUGGUUUUUGCGAAUGCUUCUGUUUCCGAACGAGUCGUGAGGGAGAGGCAUAUCAUAGAUGGAAGAACUGUGGAGGCAAAGAAGGCUGUUCCAAGAGACGACCACCAAAACUUCAACCGAAACACAAACGGGCCCCACGGGUCACCGGGCCCGGCCCGUACAAGAAAGAUCUUCGUCGGUGGCCUAGCUUCCACAGUCACCGAUAAAGACUUCAAAUCUUACUUCGAUCAAUUCGGUACAAUAACAGAUGUCGUAGUUAUGUACGACCACAACACGCAAAGGCCAAGAGGGUUCGGCUUCAUAACUUACGAUUCGGAAGAAGCAGUCGACAAAGUUCUCUUCAAAACCUUUCACGAACUCAACGGAAAAACUGUAGAGGUUAAAAGGGCCGUUCCAAAGGAGUUGUCUCCCGGCCCAAAAGUUAACCAUGGUUUAAGCAGAGUUAGCAGCUUCGUCAACGCUUAUAAUAAUAACAGUCCGGUGCAUGGAUCGAAUUUCGCCGAUCGGUUUACUCGAAGUGGAUAUCCGCCUUACGGGCUGAAUUUGGAAUCUGGGUUCGGAUCGACCCGUGUGGGGAAUGGGGAUACGGGUUUGGGUUUUGGAAACGGGGCGAACUCUUACUUCAGCGGUUCUUACUUCAGUGGUUCUUUAUUGAGUGCUUCGAACGAUUUUCUUGGAAAUGUGGGUGGGUUCGGGAGUGCGAAUGCUGGAAUAAUCGGGAGUGGAAAUAGUGGUUUUGGGAUCGGGAAUAGGGAGAAUAAUGGUGCUGGAAGAAACGGUUAUGUUAGAAACGAUGGGCUUUAUUCUGUCGGAAACAAUGUUGGUGAAGGGUAUUUUGGUAAAUUAUAUGGUGGUGACUCGUUUUAUACCGAUCAUAGUUGGCUUUCUUCGUCUCGAGAGUUUGAGGAUUCUGCUGCAGCAAAUGUUGCUUCUAACAAUUCGGCUCUUUACGAUGGAGGUUAUAGUGUCACUGCUAAUAGAGGAAUUGCAGCCUAGGAAAAAUCGAGUUAUGGACACUUGAAGAUUAUUAUAUAUAUACACGAGCAGAACCGAAAUGUAAGAUCAAGAAGUGCGUUUAUUUGAGCUUUUCGAUAUAGGGUUUUUUUUUUCGUUCGUUUCUCGAGAUUGGUUUGAUAUGUGACAUUGGAUUUACGGAAUUAUCGUACAUCUUCUUGACGUAAGAAGAAGCUGCAAAAACUUUUUAUCAGUAGGCUGUCUCAAUAUUCUUCUUCUAAUUUAAGGUUUAAGUGAAGUUCCAAAGUUGUUUUGGCAGACUGGAUAUUAUUAUUACAUCUUAUUUACUUGGCAAAGCCAUGGCAUAUUCCUUUAUUAAAAACUAGUUUUUUUUUCUUA